AUGUCUGAGAAAAAGGUCUUUGACCCAUUAUACAGCGACCGAACGGAUAUCUCUUCUAUCGGACACGACGUCAAAGUCGUCCAUUCCCUGACUAUCCGGGACGCGGACGACAAGGAACGUGGCCCCGAGACCCUCGAGGUCAGAGUACCCAUAACAACCGCGAUGGGCGGCUCUGAUUUUCCCGACGGUGGUCUUAAAGCGUGGCUGGUCGUAUUUGGUGGCAUGUGUUGCACAUUCACAACGUUUGGCUAUGUGAACGCCUGGGGCGUUUUUCAAGAAUACUAUCAGGAAACUCUUCUAAAAGACUCUUCUCCUUCGAGCAUUUGUUCCAGCGCGUGGAUCGGCUCUAUACAGUACUGCCUCGUGUUCCUUCCAGGAAUCUUCGUUGGCCGCCUUUUCGACUUGGGCUACUUCCACACGAUCCUUCUUUCUUGCAGCGCCUUACUUAUCCUCGCCACCUUUCUGACCGCCCAAUGUACUGCGUACUGGCAAUUUCUUCUCUGUCAGGGGUUCGUAGUCGGGCUCGCAAGUGGCGGCAUAUUCGGGCCCACGAUGGCCGUCAUCGCCCAUUGGUUCAAAAAGAAACGGGGCAUGGCCUUGGGGCUCGUAGCCAUUGGUUCAUCAAUAGGUGGCACCGUCAUCCCGAUCAUGGCUAGAAACCUGAUUCCUCGUAUUGGAUUCUCGUGGACGAUGCGGGUCAUCGGUUUUGUUCUUCUGACUACCCUCUGUUUAGCAAAUGCCACUUUGAAGCGGCGUUUACCACCAACCAAUGUCGUUGGGGGUCUCUUCAACUUCCGCUCUUUUAGAUCCGCUACCUUCUCCUGCUAUUGUGUCUCCUCUUUUUUCGUCUUUCUCGGAAUCUACACAAUGUUAACGUACAUCGAUGUCAGUGCAGUUUCGCUAGGCAUCUCGACUGACAUCUCUUUCUAUCUGGUCGCCAUCGUGAAUUGUUCCAGCGGUGUUGGGAGAUACAUCGCGGGAGGUCUUUCUGACCGUUAUGGCCCGCUUAAUAUCAUGAUUCCUCUGACCUCGUUUGCGGCCAUAUUCACAUAUUCCUGGCCCUUUGCCCCAAAUCAAGCAUCUCUGAUUUGCGUUGCUAUUCUAUAUGGACUUUCGUCCGGCGCUUAUAUGUCUUUACUGCCUAGUCCCUUGAUGGCGAUGGGUGACCCGAGCGAUGUCGGCCGUCGACUCGGCAUAUGUAUGAGCAUCCUUUCCAUUGGGGCACUAAUUGGUCCUCCGAUAUCUGGAGAUAUCAAUUCCGCCACAAGGGGAUUCCAGGCCGUCGGUUUCUUCGCAGGUAGUACGAUACUGCUGGGUGUUAUUCUGAUGACCGCCACACGGCAUCUCCUUCUUGGGAAAUCUUUGGGAAAGAUAUAG